AUGAACCAAGCAAUUCUGGAAGGCCUGAAGAGGAGAAUCUCAGGCGCACAUGGUGCCUGGGUGGACGAGCUUCUCAGCGUCCUGUGGGCAAUGCGAACGUCUCCCAAAACUGCCUCGGGAGAGUCUCCGUUUAGCCUGACGUUCAGGACCGAGGCGGUCCUUCCGCCCGAGAUGUUAUUCCCGACCCUGCGCACCUCCAAUUAUGAGCAAGGAGACUCUGAGGAGGGACUCCGGGCAAACUUGGAUCUCCUCGAGGAAAGGAGAGCUAGGGCACAUCUACGCGCCUUGGCAUACAAGAAGGUGGCAGCUCGGAUAUACAAUCGAAGGGUCCGUCCACGACCAAUCCAGGUCAGGGACCUCGUCCUCUGA